CGCUGCUCGGGGAAGCCUAGUGCGCUUGCGCGGCCCGGGAGCCCGGUGAGUUUCCGCAUUGAGAGGCCGCGGGCUGGCCGGUCCCAGCAAAGAGUUGGAGCCAGGAGAAAUGGCCCUGGUACCCUAUGAGGAGAGCGCGGAGAUAGGGCUCCAGAAGUUCCACAAGCCUCUUGCCACCUUCUCUUUUGCAAACCACACCAUCCAGAUCCGUCAGGACUGGAGGCAACUGGGAGUCGCAGCAGUUGUUUGGGAUGCGGCCAUUGUUCUUUCCACGUACCUGGAGAUGGGGGCUGUGGAGCUCAGGGGCUGCUCUGCUGUGGAGCUUGGUGCUGGCACAGGGCUGGUGGGCAUAGUGGCUGCCCUGCUAGGUGCGCAUGUGACUAUCACAGAUCGACAAGUAACAUUAGAAUUUCUCAAGUCAAAUGUUGAAGCCAACUUACCUCCCCAUAUCCAGCCCAAAGUUGUUGUUAAGGAGCUGACUUGGGGACAAAAUUUGGGAAGUUUUUCGCCUGGAGAAUUUGAUCUCAUACUUGGAGCUGAUGUCAUAUACUUAGAAGAUACCUUCACAGAUCUUCUUCAGACCCUGGGGUACCUCUGUAGCAACCACUCUGUGAUUCUUUUAGCUUGCCGAAUUCGCUACAAACGGGAUAAUAACUUCCUAACGAUGCUGGAGAGGCAGUUUGCUGUGCGGAAGGUUCACUAUGAUCCCGAGAAGGACGUCCAUAUUUACAGAGCACAGAAGAGAAGGCAGAGGGAGGACUUGUAGUGGGCACUAUUUCCUAAGAACUGAAUGUGUCAGGUAAGGUUUUUAGAACUACAACUCCCGUAUGAUGGACUGCAAGUCCAUCCAACCAGACCUGCUCAAAGAACACAGUGUAUGUGUUGUUUGCAGACAAAUCCACCUUGUCACAUUGCCAUAACUGUGUGUCACGACUGCUCCCUGCUGAGCAGCGAAUGCACACGUGAGGUUUGCCUGGCGUUCUUUCCUUAGCCAGUGUGCGCACUUGGUAAGCAUUUCCCACUAACGCUCUGUUUGUUUUUUGUUUUGUUUUUCGAGACAGGGUUUCUCUGUAGCUUUGGAGCCUAUCCUGGCACUAGCUCUU